GCCCCCCACACAAACAUUUGACUUUCUUCAAGGCAAUAAUAUUAGAGCAAAUUCCUUGUCUUUGUCAAACAUAAGAUUCUUUGUGAGAAACUUCCAGCAUUAAUACAGAUUCAAGGAUUCAGCUUCUCUUAAAAUCUGACUUUCCAUAAGCAACUUUUGUAACAGAAUUCUGUUAAUUUCAGUGUGCUUGUGCCGAGUGUCAUGUUGGUUUUGUUUUUUGAGGUUCUCAGGAGGCUUUUAUUCUGCAUGCUUGCCUUUCUCUGCAGGGAUGGCUGGGGUUUCCUGGUGGUGGCAAAUCUAUCUCAGAGUAGGAGGAAUCACAUUACCUUUCAUGGUCAUUUCCUCCUUUGCUUUUGUUUAUGCCUAUAGCUCUUCAGAAUCUGGUACCACUGUCAACUGGUUUGGACUGGCCAAGUUCUAGGGAUUAAUGGUGGAAAUUAAACUGCUACUUGGUAUUAACCCUGAGGAAAGAUGCUGCCCUGUGUUGGAUCUUAGGUGCCUGAGUGAAUGGGGCAGCUUCCCAUGUCUGUGUCUUGCUUCUCAGUCAUAGCAUUCCCCCCUCCAUUGGGGAGGCACUCUUUUAUAUUAACAGAUCCUGUAUGAGAGGCCUUUCUUAUAGCAGAAAGUGGGAGAGUGUCAUAGUUGGCUGAAAUGCACAUUUGGCUGGUGUUCCCUCAGGACCGACAACUUUCUUCAGCUUGUCUAAAACUCAAAUACCAAAGAGAUUUAUUGUUUCAACUCUGUACACAUCUGUUUUGCUUUGUGUGACUUUUCUCAGUGGCAUCAAGACUGUAACUAUUUGGUUAAUGUGAUUCAGGUGUUGGUAGUCUCUUUUCUAGGAAGAGUUCAUGUUCCCUAAUGCUCCAUUAGUGCCCUCUUCUGGACCGAACACCCUUUAAUGGAUCUGCCUUUAACACUCACUUUCUGCACAGUGCCCCAAAUUUCCAAGCCUCUGCAACUGUCUUGCCCAUAGGGCAAAGUUGAGCCUUCUUAGCCCAACAGUCAGCUCCUCCAGAAGUGGUUUGUUCUUCCAUCCUAAACACAUCUGCACCCAAGUUACCAGAUGUUCUCCAGUGUUCUGCCCUGCACUGUCGCAUUUUCUGUUUAUAUCGCUUACAGCACCGUUCUCUCUGUAAUGCUCUUUGUGGUGAUUUUAUCUUUUAAGCUCUUGUGCUUUUUCAGCUCCAUUUAUUUAGUUGUCACUGUGGGUUUUUUGUUUGUUUGCUUGUUUGCUUUGUUUUUUACAACUCAGUUGUAAUGUCUUUGAAGGAAACUUUUCUAAAAAACACUUUAAUAUCUAUCCCCUGGAGUUAAGGCAUCACCAGCCCCUGAAGCCCAGGCCAAGCUGGCUUCUCCAUCCAGGACAACCACUUUCCCAGAAGGACCUCUUUGCUCUGAGUUCUGUGUCCCCUGCAGUCUCUGCUUCUUUGGGUCUGAACCUUUCACUCAGUAGUACAGUAAGGAUCACCUAUGUUGCUGUGUGAAACCCUAGGCUCUUCAUGUUCACUGUCAAAUAAGUUAGUUUUUUUUCCCCAAUAUGUAUUUAAUAGCCCUAGCUCCAGACUUUUAGGAUGACUAGUAUGACUAAAUAAAGUUCUGUUGAGUCUGUAAUGAAAUACACACUGUCAUCAGAGCUGAAUCUUCAUACUCAGGCAAUGACCUGGGUUGGGUGUACACACACUCAGAUGUCGAAGACAUUGGCAGUCACCUCACCUCACUGGGGACACAGUGCUCAGCUAGCCAUCCAUAAGUUGGAUAUUCUAAAAACCAAGCAAUCGCACAGAGCACAGGGUCUUACCUUUGCUUUUUGGAUUCAGAUGAUGUUAUGAUGCCCCAGAGAGUGAGGCUGCAACAUGAAGCUGCUGUUCAGCACCCAACGAGUAUCAUAGGAUGCCAAGUGAAGAGAGAACCCCCAGACUCUACAGAGCGGUACACACGUUGGAUCAACCAGUUGACGUCUGAUCAGCUAUUGACACAGGUGUUCACCUCCCACGGCCCCACAGUGAUCAUGCCAACGUGGUUCUGCUCUCGGGCCUGGUUUUCCCAUGUGGGCCCAUUUGAUGAAGGAGGACAGGGGGUACCAGAGGACCUGUUGUUCUUCUAUGAGCACCUUAGGAAAGGGGGUGGCGUCUUCCGGGUGGACCACAGCCUGCUCCUCUACCGCUACCACUUGUAUGCAGCCACACAUUCAGUCCUUGAGAUGACCAUCUGGACCCAUCGUGUCCACUUCCUAGAGGAACAAGUCCUACCUCAUUGGAAGUCCUUCACCAUUUGGAAUGCAGGCAAGCAGGGACGUAGGUUAUACCGCAGCCUGACUGCAGCCAGCCGGCGCAAGGUGGUGUCCUUCUGUGAUGUUGAUGAGAACAAGAUCAAGAAGGGUUUCUACUGCCAUGAGGACUCUCAGGAAAGACCCAAGCCGAAGGUCCCCAUCCUGCAUUUCCAAGCUGCCCAGUCGCCCUUUGUCAUCUGUGUGAAGCUGGACCUCACAGGGGGUGAGUUUGAAGACAACCUGAAAUCACUACGCUUGCAGGAAGGCCGGGACUUUGUUCACUUCAGCUGAGGCUGCCGCCAGGUGAUCUACACGGAAGCUCUGCAGGUUCUGAGCCUUGUCUGCUCUACUUCCCUUACACGGACAACUGUCAGGUGAAGUGUGAUCCUAAUUAGUCUUAACAAUAAAAACCCAGAGUCAGAUAUUAAGGGUGAAAGUUGAAAGAUUAGAAAAGCAGAGCAGCAGCCACUAGAGACUUCUUACCUCUAUGCAUCCUCAGGCCAAAUGGGGUUCCUGUCUCUAUGAAUCCUCAGACUGAAUAGGCGCCAAGAUCUGUCUCGACCCGCCUUAUAUUCCUGUCUCCAACUCCUUAGUGCUGGGAUUAAAGGCUUGAGCCUCCUAUUUGCUGGGGUUCAAUCUCCUGUAGCCCAGGGUAGCCUUGAACUCCUGAUCUUCCUGCUUCCUCCUCCCAAGUGCUGGAAUUCAAGGUGUGUGCCACCACUGCCUGGCCUCUAUGGUCAACCAGUGGCUAGCUCCACACUCUGAUCUCCAGGCAAGCUUUAUUUGUCAGAAGACAAAAUAUACAUUUCCCCUCUUUUUGUCUAAAUCAAAAGUGAAGGUUUUAACUAACAUAGAAAAACUAUAUAAUAAGUACAAUAACUAUAUACAAAUAUAUAUCGGCAAUAAUUACAUUAACAAUGUCUACUUCACUAGCAUUUGACAAAUUCAAAGAAAAUACUCUAUUAGUUAUAAUUAUAGUUUUUCUUAGUUAUAAUAGAAAGUAAAUUAGAUACAAAACUUUAGACUCACCAAGAUAGAUAAUUAUUUUCUCUAAUUUUACCAAAUGCAAAUGGAUUAGUGUUACUGUAAUUCUUAAUAACUGUUUUUGUUGUAUAUAGUUUUACUAUAUUAAGGUUAAAACCUUCCUUUUAAUUAGACAAAAAGGGUGAAAUGCUGUGGAAUAAUCCUCUUGUACACUGUAAAGAUUUGUCACUCAAAUUGGUUUAAUAAAAAUGCUGAUUGGCCAGUAGCCAGGCAGAAAGUAUAGGCUGGGCAACCAAACUAAGAAUGCUGGGAAGAGGAAGGGCAGAGUCAGGAGUCACUAGCCACAUGCAGAGGAAGUACGGUAAAAAUGCCACACUGAAAAAAGGUACCAAGCCACAUGGCUAAACAUAGAUAGGAAAUAUGGGUUAAUUUACGUGUAAGAGCUAGUUAGUAGUAAGCCUGAGCUACUGGCAGAGCGUUUAUAAGUAAUAUUAAAAGCCUCUGAGUAGUUAUUCAAGAACUGGCGGAUGGGAGAGAACAGUCCGCUUCCUCCCUGCUUCCUCCCAACUUCUCUCACGUUCAGUGUGUUAGUUUUCACCCUUUCAUUUCUGCUACAUAACUUGAGGCCUCAAUCUUCUAAGCACCACUUUGGGCAAAUUUCCCAUGUUUGGUAACUUUGACCAACUGUCUGGUGAUUUUUAAAAUACUACUUUUCUUUUUAAAA